CAUGCUUUGUUUUGACAUGUCGAAGAUUGACAGUAAGCUAUUAAUUUGAAGUGGUUAGAUGAAGAUGUCGGCGGUUUACGCAGUUCAGGCCCUUCUACCAUUACAGAGCCAGUCAGUAGCGUGACGUGAUGGCAUCACGGGUUUCCCCGAUGGAGUCAGCUCUUCCAAUGAAGUCGAUCCCGCCCGAAGUUCCCAAGCUGGAGGAAGAGGAGAAACUAGCAGUCGUACGACAGUACCAUGAGGAGGCGAGAACAGUGGACGACUUUGGCGCGUCAGCCGGGCAGACGAAUGAAGACAUUGCCUGGAUCCGCAAAAACAUCAAAAAGAGAGAGUGUGUGUGUUUUAUACAGAAACCAGACCUUAUCAGCGAUGAUCCUGUGUGUUUCUGCGGCUACCAGAAAUCAGAUCACAAGUCACUGGACAAGACUAAAAUGGCCAGCGUCCGGCCGACUGACACAUGGACGAAGGAUGACCACACAAAGACGUCUAAGACGGAUGCCUUUGGAGAAAUCGAGUUUUCAGGAUUCGGUGACAAAGUCUCCAAGUACUGUCGAGUGGAUGUGGACUCGGACACAGAGACGAUCGUCGAGCUGAUGGUCAACAAGUGGCGACUCGUCAAACCCAACCUGCUCAUCUCCGUAACCGGGGGCGCCAGCACCUUCCACCUGAAAACCAAGCUAAAAGAUGCCUUCAAACGAGGGCUCAUGAAGGCUGCACUCAGCACAGGAGCCUGGAUCAUCACAGGAGGUACAAAUGCCGGAGUCAUGAAGCAUGUAGGCGAGGCUGUCCGAGAUUUCGGCCUGACAGCGAAAAACCAGGGUCAGGUGAUAGCCAUCGGCAUAGCAACGUGGGGCAUCAUUCAGAACAGACAGGAACUCGUAGACGAAAAGGGCAAGUGGCCUGCCAGUUACAAGAUAACCAAAGAACAGAACAAGAAGGAGAGUUUCCUCGACCCGAAUCACUCUCACUUCAUCCUGGUCGACAACGGAACGCAGCAUCAGUAUGCUGUCGAGAUUCCGCUUCGUGCCAAACUUGAGAGUAAGAUCGCCAACAUGAAGACCGACACCGGGCAAGAUGCUGUCACAGUUCCUGUUUGCAUGCUGGUUCUGGAAGGUGGCCCGGGAACUCUGGAAACAUGCAGCAGUGCUGUGGCCAAAGGCACACCAGCCGUCAUCAUUAAGGGUUCUGGCCGGGCAGCCGACAUCUUGGCAUAUGCGUAUCAGAACUCGAAGGAAAUGGAGGUGGAGGUCACCGAUAAAGAGGGCAGAGUUCACAAGCAAUCUCAGACUGUGAUCGACACGGCGCUGGAGUUGGAGAUCACGGAGAAGGUCAAGGCUGAGUUCACAGAGUCAGAACUGUCACGGCGCGUGGGCUGGGUGCGGCAGUGUCUGCACAAUCGCGAUCUCCUCACCGUCUUCGAGCUGGACUCGCGCAACUCGGCCAGCGACGUUGAUAUGGCCAUACUUAAAGCUUUGCUCAAAGCCAAUAAGAAUGAAGUAAUGGAUCAGCUUAAACUCGCUUUAGCGUGGAACAGAAUUGACAUCGCCAAGAGUGACAUUUUCACAGAAGAACGACUGUGGCUGCCUGGUUCCCUUGACGACGUGAUGCUGUCUGCGAUUCAGCUGAACCGCGCUGAUUUCGUGGAUCUCUUCCUCGAUCACGGCAUCAUUCUCAAAGAUUUCCUCACACCACGGAGACUGCUCAGUCUCUACAACAAUAUAAACCAGAAAUCUGUGCAAUAUUCCCUGCUUUCGAAGCUGAAAUCUCGCAAGACGCGCGUGAACUUCAACCUGGAGGAUGUGGGUCUGCUGAUCCAGGACCUGCUCGGCGACUACUACCAGCCGUACUACCUGACCAACAGCUCCUUCCGCUACCUCGACGCAGACAUCGUCCUCGGCGACAAGACCAGCACCGACGUCACGGCAACGGGAGGCUUGAUGCAGACCGCUCAUAUGAUCGGAAAUGCGGGGACUGCGGCAAUAGAUCCACGCAUGGUUGCUGACUCAACCGAGUUUUUCCACCGCCCGGCUCAGGAACUCUUCAUCUGGGCCGUACUGCUCAACAGACAGAGUCUCGCCAAACUCUUCUGGAGGGAAGGCAAUGAGCAGAUCGCCGGAGCACUGGUAGCCAAUGCUUUGCUGAACGCGCUGAAACGCCACACGGAUGACGCCGAACAAAUCAACAGUUUCACAAAAGACGCAGUGGAGUUUGAGAGCCUGGCCAUCGGUAUUCUGAACUUCUGCUACAACACUGACGAGAGGCGAGCCCAGGAGCUGCUGAUCCGCGAGCUGGCCAACUGGGGCUGCACGACGUCGGUGCUGAUAGCGGUGCAGGCCGACAACAAGCGCUUCGUGUCGCAGACCGCCUGUCAGAACCUUCUCAACAACAUCUGGAUGGGGCAGAUGUCACACGACAACAACAUCAUAGCCCUGUUGUCGAGCAUCGUGUUUCCUCCGAUGAUUUUCCUCACUAUUAAGUUCCGGUGUGAGGAGAAGGCGAAGCAAGAUGCUCUCAUUCAAAGUGUGGCUGAUGCCAAGGCCACUGUUAACAAGAGGGCCCCAAGUGCGCAUUCAACCAGACAUAUAGAACUCAACCGGCAGGAAACGACGGUUAAUGAAAAAGAAACAGAACUAGAGUUCCAUGGACCCCAGAAGUUAACUCCCCUGCAGAAGCUGAAAUUGUUCUACACUGCUCCAGUUAUCAUUUUCUACCUCAACGUUAUCUCGUACCUCCUGUUUCUGAUGCUGUACAGUUACAUUCUGCUGGUCCAGUUCCGCAGCGCAUUCUCCAUCUACGAGGGCGUGCUCAUUGGCUGGGUGUUCACGAUAUUCGUCGAGGAGAUCCGUCAAGUCUUCAUGGGGACCGCGACCUCGCUGCGGUCCAAGAUUGCAUCGUACUUCACCGACUCCUGGAAUAUUCUCGAUGUCAUCACUCUCGUUCUCUUCACGGUCGGAAUGAUUCUGCGAUUCAUCCCGGGUGACAAUUUCCUAGAGGCAGCCCGAGUGAUCCUGGCCUUGAAUCUCGUGUCGUUCUUCCUGCGUAUUUUACAUAUAUUUUCUGUCAACAAGCAGCUGGGACCGAAGCUUGUCAUGAUCCGAAGAAUGCUGGAAGAUCUGCUGUCAUUUGUAAUCAUCCUGAUGGUGUUUAUCCUGGCGUACGCGAUUGCGUCCGAGGCGAUCCUCUACCCGAACACGCCCUUUGACCCCUACCUGCUGUUCUACACGAUUCGCAAGGCCUACUGGACUGUGUACGGAGAGUUGUUCCUUAACGAGCUCGAAGCCGUCGAUGGUGUUGAGUGUACAAGCGACCCACUACUGUACGCAGACCACAAGGCAGUGCGGUGUCCGUCGACGGUUGGGAGGUACCUGGUUCCCGUCCUGAUGGGCAUCUAUAUCCUCCUCACCAAUGUCCUGCUGCUAAACCUGCUCAUCGCGAUGUUCAGUUACACGUUCCAGAAGAUCCAGGACAAGACGAACGACUACUGGAACUACCAUCGCUUCCUGCUGGUCGUGGAGUACCACUCCCGCCCACCGCUUCCUCCCCCCUUCAUUAUAUUCACCCACCUGUGGCAGUUCUUCAAGUAUACCAUCUGUAGGUGCUGCUGUUUACUCACAGAGCAGUCCAGUGAUCUACGGAAGAAGUUUGACAACAAGUUGGAGGAGAAGCAACUCGUGCAGUGGGAGAACGUGAUCGCCGACAACUACCGCAGCAAUGAGGAGCAGGCUGAGUACCAGAGUGUGGAGCACCAAGUGAAGAUGUCCAUCUCCAGACUGGACAAUGUGAUGGUGAAGAUUGAUGAACUACAGGAGAUACAGAGCAACGGUCAGAGCCUGUCCAUGUCACGACAGUCGGGGAUGAUGAACAUAUCUCCUGUAGUUGAUAGAAGACUCGGGGCGCUCGAAGACCAGAUGAUGCACACGUACAAAGCCCUCAACUGGAUAAUGCAGUCCUUGUCGGACAGUCAGCUGGGAACCAAGCCACCCAUGUUACCUGACCUGCAGAAACAACGCAACAAAGACCAGCAGGAGAAGGAGAAACAGGCCCUGGAAGAGAAGAGGCUCGUUCAGAUGCUCCGAGAGAAGAGGAUCGAGUCGCACUUCAAGUCCCGGCAGCAGAUCUACCCCGGGUCCACCAUUCACCGCUUCCCUGUGCCCGACGAGAAGGUGCUGUGGGAGAUCAGCUUCCCGGAGUACGACCCAGUGCGCUACACAUCCGACUUCAUCAUCAACAAGUCCUGGGCCGAUCCUCUUGACCUGCUCGCACUACCCCAGAAAGAGAGAAGUCAGAUUACAUUCAACGCGUAUGACACUCGCUUCAAUGUCAACCGGAAAAGUAACCUUGAUAAAGGAUACCAGGUCAAGGACGGGCUGCCCUUGAAUCCCAUUGGUCGGACCGGUCUGAUUGGUCGAGGAGUUCUGGGUCGAUGGGGACCAAAUCAUGCAGGAGACCCUGUUGUUACCAGGUGGAAGUUGGACAGCAGUGGGAACAAGGUGCUACAGGACAACAAACCCAUGCUGGAGUUUGUGGCCGUCAAGAGAUCUGACAACAAAGAAUGGGCUAUUCCUGGGGGUAUCUGUGAGCCCGGUGAGAAUGCGUGGAAUGUGUUGAGGACAGACUUCACGGAGGAGUCUCUCGGCUCACUGAUGGACGACCCGGAAGAGAAGAAACGAAUCGAAGACAAACUCAACACACUGUCCAAGUCUGGGGAUCUGGUAUUCAAGGGUUACGCCGAUGAUCCCAGGAACACCGACAACGCCUGGCUGGAGACGCACGUCUUCAGUUACCAUGAUGAGGACGGAUCCAUUCUACAGCACUUCAUACUCAGGGCUGGUGAUGACACUUUGAUGGCCACGUGGCAGACAAUGUCGACAACGAUGACGAUGUACGGUGGACACUCCUACUACCUCAGUCUGGUUGCUAAGAAACUUGACGCCGCCUUCUAGGAACCAGCAGCAUCACGUGCAUCUGACGUGCAGUGGGUUGCAGGGUCGAUCCUCAACGAUGGACUGGUUCUCCUUUCCUUGUUUUUUAGGAAAAUGUAUGCAAUGGGUUUCUUCUCGGUCCGUUAAUAUGGUUAAUAUAUGGACACCUAAUAGUCAGUGAUAGAACUGUGGUGAGGUGUUGUUAAACAAACAUUCCUUUCCUUUCCUAAUAGCCACUGAUUAAACAAUGUGCUGAGGUGUCUGUAAAAUAACAUUCCUUUCCUUUCUUAAGAGCCACUGAUUAAACAAUGUGCUGAGGUGUCUGUAAAAUAACAUCUCUUAAGACUUAUUUCCAAUACACCUGCCAUCCAUUGGCAGCGAUAGUAAUAUCCGGCAUCCAAAAUCACAGGUCGUGCCAUCGUCUUGAACUACUACCAGAGUAAUCAGGUUCAUCGUCAUUUACAAGACAUUUUCUAAAUACUUGUACCAUGCAAAUCUUAGGUACCACCCCUUCCUAUAAGUGAAACCAGCUCUACCGAUUCCCUCCAUCCCUUUCCUGAAUACUGGAGAGACCACUGAAAGUCCAGUCAUAAUAUAGAGUAAACUGUAUAACAGUUGAAAGUUUGUAAUUAUAUCACUAUGUGACAUACAUGUUAUAUUUAACAUCUUCAAAACUCCCAGUGCAAAAUGGUUUCAGCUUUGAAGAAUGUUUCGGGGAAAUGCAUAAACAGCCAUUUACAGCUUUCAACUUGUACUAGAGUUUAGACUAUGCAUUAUACUUGUCUGAGAAAUUCCGUCCAUUGUUCCAUCCAAAACCAGGGCACAAUAUUUCACGAGAACCGUUGUUCUGUUCGCGUGUCAGUUAUGCAAAUUUAAAAUCACAAGAACCGCUAAUCGGUUACGUGGUGAACAAUUACAUUCUAAAAUUAAAAGUACCAUAUAUCGGUAAUGAAAGUGAAAAUCAUUUUAUGUUUUUAAAUACAUUUGAUCCACCAAUGUAACACAGAACUAUAAUUCAAGAGCUUUACAAUUAGGUAGGCGUAACACAUCGGCUACGAGAACUAUAUUCACGGAACCGAACAAUCGGUUACCUAAGUAAAACUCACAUGAACUGACUUCCAGUUACCUAAGAUUUUGAAAUAUUGUGCCCUGCAAAUCUAUUUAAUGUAUCUAGUAACUCAUUAGGACUGAAUGUGAUGUUACUGAACAGUGUGAUAUAUUUUAAUAUUUACUCGUCCUUAUCACAAUGUAGCAAAUGUUACAUUUUGUACCUUCAACUCUGCCUGUGAUACUUCUUUAAACUUAAUUUGCUCAAAAUAUAAUUUUACAAAAUCACUUUCUGUGUACAAUAUAUUGCAUGUAUUCCAUAUUUUUUGGAGAAGUUUAUUUAUAUUGUUGAUAAAUGUUUAUGUUUUUAAAUUUUAAUACCUGUUCUGCAUAAUAUUGUAUGGAUUCAAUCACCAUUUUAAUUAUUGGUAGUGAUGAUUAUUUAUUUUUAAAUUGUGUAUAUAAUAAUUUGUCUUUCUCUUAUAAAUUACCAAAUAUUUGACAUCCAGUAGCCAUGUCAUUAGUAAAUCAAUGUGCUCUAGUGGUGUAGAUAAAAAACACCAAAAAACACCAACUUUUUCUCUUAAGAUUAAUUUGUGAAGGAUGCCUCUUUCGUAGGUUUGUUUUAGUAUAUUAUAAGAUAUUUUAUUUGUUUGUUGUACAUACAGUUACCUCCCCUUCAUUCUGUUACAUUUCUUUUACUUUGAAAUUUGUAAAAUACUGUCGCUUUACGCACAUGCUCACCAACAUGCAUUGAGCAUGCACACACAUACAUAGACACAAAAUUGGAUUAAUUAGCUUGUACUUACAUGUAAGUUUUUUUUUUUUUCUCAACAUUUUGUUCCAUUUUGACAAUAAAGACGCAGACCCAAGUUUCAACCUGUGAAAAUGGACACCAAGUUUGGUUGAUCUACAAACCUGUAACACAUCUGAAUAAAGUUACAAUAGAGUGAAACAAUCUUUGUCAUUGAAAUGGGGAAAUUAACCUCUAAAAGUAGACUAGAGCUUGGCUCAAUAACCAUUACUUCUCAGAAAUGUAUAUUUUUAGAAUUAAAAAACAACAACGUAUUAUGGGCGAUUACAAAAACCAAGAUGAUUAGGAACACUUUGGAUGUAGGAAAGUGGAUAAUUUAUCAAAAUGAUAAAAUAGAGCAACUUCUAAUUUAAAUUAUCAAAAACUAGCUGCUUUAAUGGUGAAACCUAUGUAGUAGUGUUUAAAGAACUAGGGUCUGUCACUUUAAUUGAAGUAUAUAAUUUAUCAUUUGUACAAACAUAUUGACAGGAUUGUGCCUUCUAGCUGUAUUUUAUUUUUUUCUCAACUGAUGUCAACACUCGGUAAUAUUUACCCGUUACUUUUGCAAAUAUUGAAAUUUAAUGACCGAAUUGAGUUGGUUUGUAAUAAUUAAAUGUUCUGUGUCGAGAUUGAGAUAUACAUGUACAUGUUUACAAUAUUUAUUACUGUGUGCGUGAACUUGAUUGAUGUGAUUUGUGUGUGUUUUACGUGUUGGGUUUAGCGUUGCUAGUCAUUAUAAUUAAUAUUUGUAUGCCACUUUCCGUGAAUUACAUGUAGACUUGCACACACACUCACACUCACACUCACAAACACACACACACACACACACACACACUCACUCACUCACUC